UUUAGUUACUUAACGUUAUCACUCAGUGAUUAGAAAUUUGGAGGACAGGUGUAAGCUACACUCUUGUCUUGCCCAAAGGGAGCAUAAGGAAAAAAAUGAUUUUUCUUCCUCUGUCAGUCCCCCAUUAACCCAAAAAUGGGGGCAUUUCCACCUUUCCUGGACGUGGGCAGGGAGGCUGAUGGUCCCAAGCACUCUGUGCUCCCUUUAGCCAGUGUGACGUGGCUGCCACGUUCUCUUGGAUUUGGCCCCAACCUGCUCCUCUGUUAAAAUGUUUAUUUAAACAGAUCUGUUUAAGAACAUUUUGAAACGUUGCUUUUUGAAUUCUGGAGUGAAAAAGACCCGACAACCUUUUUUUUAGGGCUGCUUAAAAGCCAUUUAUGGAAAAAGGCACUUGAAGCAAGGCUGUGGGGCUGGAGAGGAGGAGAAGGUGGUGGGAGACUGGGCAGAGGUCAGGGAGGAAAAGCUGCAGAGCAGCUGCCAGAAGGGAAUGUUUUUCAAAGCAGUGCUGAUCUCUGCUCUCUGUCUCUUCCUCUUGUUCUGCUUUUAGUAAACAAUGGAGCCAGACAUAAAAGUGAAUGAAGAUUUCAAAAGCCAGUUUAAGGCUUAUCAGGAGCAACAGCAAAGGCGGCUGCAAAAUGUGAUGGAGAGGAAGAAGGAAAAGCAGAACAGUCAGAGGGACACCGGCAGCACUAGGGAGACUUUAAGAGCCCUGAAUGAUCUAAAUCUGUUUAAAAUAGGACCCCCUGUAAAUGAAGAUGCCAGCAAAAGUGUCCUUGAGGCUGAGAAUGAGCAGCUGCAGGACCAGCUCCGAGAGGUCUGGGAUGAGAACUGCAGACUCUACAAACUGGUGUCAGAGAAAGAUUUUGAAAUAAAGCAGCUUCAGAAAACAGUGCAGGAGGAGAGGUUGGCUCUGUCGGGAGUGUCUGGUUUAGCUGGAGAUGUGGCAGCCACUAAAAUAGUUGAGUUGGCCAAAAAGAACCGUGAGAUAACUGCUGAGGCUGAGAGUGAGAGAACCAGAGUGAAGCAGCUGAACCACAAAGUCAAGGAGCUGGAACGAGAACUACAGGCAGCCGCAGAAAAAAUCCGUUCCCUUGGUGGUGAUGCUGCAGGAAUCAAGGAAUCAACUCUGAAAAUGCUGGAAGGAAACUUGGCUGAAAGUCCAGAGGUGAAAGCGUUGCAAGAAAAAUUGAACGCAGCCCAUUUAAAAGUGACGGAAUAUCGGAACCAGCUCCAGUCUGUGAAACAGGAGCUGAAGCUGACCCAAAAGCUUUUAGCCAAUGAAGUUGGGGAAGAUGUGAAUAUCCAAAGUCUCUUGACCCGUUCUGGCAGCUGGCGUGGACGAGCUCAGCAAAUUCUUCUUCUCCAAACCAAGGUUCGAGAGCUGGAGCAUAAGUUGAAUGAAAACAAGAUCAGAGCUUCACUGUUUGAGAUGGAAGAGGGAUUUCUGCCAUUUGCUGGCCCAAGGAAGUUGUCAAUCCAAGAGAAGAACGUGCUGAAGAUUCGCAGCCUGGAAAAAGAAAAGAAAGACUCUUUGGAGAAACUUGCCAGGCAACACAAUGCUCUCCAAAAAAGCCAUGAGGAAUUGAAAAAAAAACUUGACGCCUCAAGAGCCAGGAACCAAAUGCUGUGUGGAGAAGUGAAGAUGCUGAAGGAACAGAUUGGAACCUUGCUGGAGAAAGGGAAACACGAUGAUGAGCUCGUAGAUGCCUUGCUGAGCCAGCAGAAGCAAAUGCAGGAGAUCUUAAAGGGCCUGAGCCAGAAGGAGGAGGAGAACAAGGAGUCUCGGCAGAUUAUGGGGCACCACUUGAACAAUGAGAUUCAGCAACAAAACUCCCUGAUAGAGCAGCUCAGGGAGCUGGUGGCUGAGCGAGAAGCAAUGGUGAAAACGCUGGAAGAGAAGAUUGGGCAACUCACACAUCAGAAGAAAUCUGCCCAUCCAUGGGACGGGUCAGGAUCUGCUUAUCCAUCACCCUCUGAGCACUCAGGAGCACCAGUGGAAGCAGGCAGCUGUGAGCCUGGAAGGACAGAAUCUGCCUGGGCAGUGUCCACGAUGGGCCACAGGCUUGUGGAGUCGGCAGCCACAGAGCCUUUCUUCCUCAGGGAUGACAUCCCACCUGGAAGGGUGGAGGAAAGCAGUGACAGAGUCUUGGAAGCUGAGCAGAAGCUUCAGGAAGAGCGGUGGCGAAGUGACAUCUUGGAACAGCAGCUUGAAAAGCUGCAGGUGGAUUCAGGGAGCAGCACAACUGCACAGAAACCUCCCCUGAGGAGCACAACAGGCCUGUCAGGACUCCCCUUGCAUGUGAGUGACAGAAACGAGCUCUCUGCAGCCCUGUCCAAGCUGCCCCUGGAAUUUCAGGUGAAGGAGCUGAUCACAAGGUAUUUUCUUCCUUUCUCCAUGCUGGGAUUACUCUUUCCUACCUCAGGGAGAGGUGAAACAACUGCUCAUUCUGCUCUUUCUCACGGCUGUCAUGAAAUCACCGCAGCUCCUGGGUUUCAGUGUUUCUUUCCCAGAACAGAGGCAACUGUUCUAAUUUGCUUUGAAGCUCUCCAGCUCAUGGGGAAGUUUUUCCUUUUGUUUCCUUGCAGGCUUGGGCUCCAGCUGGAUGAGAACAAAGCUCUGAAGGCUACUCUGGAGAACACUUUGAAAAAGAGAGAGGAAGAUUUUCAACUGUAUCAAGACACAAUGAAGGAAGUGAAGAAUAGAUUUUCACGGCUCGUUCAGCAGCAGAAACAGGAGAAGAGUUAAACAGGGAGAGAGCCCAGGCGCCGUGCCUGGGAAUUGAAAUGCAGUGGCAGCAGCGUGGUUUUGCAGCCUCAGAUCGUGUCAUUUCUUUAGCAUUUGCAGGAGAAGAUGAGAAACAGAGAUGAAAUACAAAAAGUGAA